CCUUAUUCAAUCGAAGAAAGGAAAGAAAAGAAAGCAAAGGAAAAAAAAAAGCUGAAGGAGACACUCCAAACCCUCAGCACAAAAAGAAGCAUUGCUUGUGCUGGUACCAAAACCUCCCUUUGUCUUCUCUCCCAGCUCUUGGUGUCUGUGUCUCUCCUUCCCCAUCCUCAUCUAAGAAGUAGGAAAUGGGGGGUAAUAAGAUGUUUUCUUCCCCACAUUCAGCUCAAGCUACUCUGAUGCUGCUGCUCUUCCUUGUGCUCGUCAACUUCUCUUCUAUGGCGGUGUCUUCUUCUUCUUUGGGCACUUUGGAAGGGGACUUGAGUGCUUUGCAGGAGUUCAAGGCCGCUUGUGACUCGGGCGGGAGACUGGCGAGUUGGAACCGGUCUGACCCGUCGCCGUGCGCGUCCUGGCACGGCGUCACCUGUGCUGGGGGUCGUGUCACCCGGUUGGUCCUCGAAGGCCUCGAAUUGGCAGGCCCGGCCUGCCUCCCGGCUGUGAUGCGGCUCGACCAGCUCCGGGUUCUCAGCCUCAAGUCGAACCGCCUCUCCGGGCCGAUCCCCGACCUCUCUCCGUUCUCCACGUUGAAGCUCCUCUUCCUCGCCCACAACGAACUCUCCGGCCCGAUACCGCCGUCCGUCGCCUCGCUCUCCCGCCUCUACCGUCUCGACUUCGGCUCGAACAACCUCACUGGCCCGGUACCAGCUUCGCUGAACCGUCUGUCCCGCCUGCUCACGCUCCGGCUCGAUUCAAACCGGCUGUCCGGCGCAAUCUCCGGACUCGUCCUCCCUCGCCUCCAAGACCUCAACCUGUCGUCGAACCUACUCUCCGGCGCUGUGCCGCCCUCGCUCGCCGCCUUCCCGGCAGCCGCAUUCACCGGGAACCCGGCCCUUUGCGGCGGGCCUCUCCCCACCUGCCGCGACGUCGUCAGCGACCCCAGCCGCCCCUCGGCCAGUGCAGCAGCCCCCGUUUCUCCAGCCGCCGUGGUAGUGGCCUCUUCCCCGUCUGCCAGGCCCGAGAUUGCCCCUCCCCACCAUGCUGCCGCUGGUGACGGCCGCGGGGGAAUGAACAGGGUGGCGGUGGUGGCCAUCGUCGUCGGCGACUUCGCCGUGCUCGUCCUCGUCUCCGGCCUCCUCUUCUGCUAUUUCUGGCGCAAGUUCGCCGGGAGGAGCCCGUCCCGCCUGCACGAGGGGGAAAAGAUAGUCUAUUCCUCCAGCCCCUACGCCGUACAGGGAAACGAGGCGGGCUCCGCUGCCGGAAGCGGAUUCGAAAGGGGCAAGAUGAUCUUCUUCGAAGAAACGAAGCGGUUCGAACUGGAGGACCUCCUCCGGGCCUCGGCAGAGAUGUUGGGAAAGGGUGGCUAUGGGACGGCUUACAGGGCCGUGCUCGACGACAGCACCGUCGUCGCUGUCAAGCGCCUCCGCGAAGUGCACGUCGCGGGCAAGCGCGAGUUCGAGAACCAGAUGGAAACCCUGGGGCGAUUGCGGCACCCCAAUCUCGUCCCCCUCAAAGCCUACUACUACGCCCGCGACGAGAAACUUCUCGUCUACGAUUACAUGCCCAACGGCAGCCUCUUCUUCCUCCUCCACGGGAAUCGAGGACCCGGGAGGACGCCGCUAGAUUGGACGACGAGGAUGCGAAUGGCAGUUGGUGCAGCGAGGGGCUUGGCGUUCAUCCACCAGGCGAGCCGUUCGCCGAAGCUGACGCACGGUAACAUCAAGUCCACCAACAUCCUCCUCGACAAGGAUGGCAACGCGCGGCUCGCCGACGCCGGGCUGGCCCUUCUGGGCCCCGGGGCCGCGGCCGUCGGUAGGGCCGGGGGCUACCGUGCACCCGAGGCGCCGAGCGACGGGCGGCGGCCGUGGGCGUCGCAGCGGGCGGACGUGUACGCGUUCGGGGUAGUGCUGCUAGAGCUGCUGACGGGAAAACCGGCUGCGGACGGCGGGGCGUCGGCGGUUGACCUCCCGCGGUGGGUGCAGUCGGUGGUGCGGGAGGAGUGGACGGCGGAGGUGUUCGACCUCGAGCUGAUGAGGUACAAGGGGAUCGAGGAGGAGAUAGUGACGAUGCUCCAGAUCGCAAUGAGCUGCACCGCUGUCGUACCGGACCAGCGGCCCACGAUGAGCAACGUGGUGAAGAUGAUCGAGAACAUCCACGGCGGCGGCGCAGGCGGAGACCUCUCGCCUUCUCACGACUCUUUCGACUCGGUUUCGGACUCGCCCUCUGGUUCUGACGUCGCGUAAUAGCCGUCGGAUCGAACCAUCGCUGCGGUCUCAUUUCCUUUGGGUUUCUGUACAUGUAAAAAAGAAGGCUUAGGUUCCAAGCUCUCUAACUAGCAUUGUUAUUGACAUUCCCUUUGACGCUGCGUAGAACUUGAUCAAAAUCCAUGUGAUUUCAUAGACGACGCAGUUAAACAACAUUGGAUGCUGAGGAAGCCGUGGGAAGACGGGGGAUCAUUUGGGAUUCA